GAAUUGGACUAUCGGCACGAGCUGAUGGGUCGUUUACAUAAAAUUGAACCAGACGUUGAACUUGAAGUAUUAUCUACGCCACAUAAUCAUCAUAAUAGUCACCAUCUGCAUCAUCAUCACCAUCAUCAUCACCACCAUUUGCAUCAACAGCAUCAGCAACAGCAACACAAUCUCCAGCAGCAAUUAUCCACACAUAGCAAUCAUAAUAAUGGCAAUAGUAAUAAUAGUCAAUUGGAACAUUGGCAACAUCAACAUCAACACCAGCAACAACAUCAGCAUCAACAACAGCAUCAUCAGCAUCAUUUGCAACAUCACAAUAGCAAUCAUGAGCAUACGCCAUUUACACAACCCCCGCCACCGCCACUCAACACCACACAAACACAUACAACAGCCAGUGAUAAUCCCGCCAGUUCACCUAAUUCCAAUUCAAAUUCAGCUUACAGCUGCGCCGCUUACGAUGGCACGUCAACAACAUUUGAUGUUGCCAACGCGGCGUACGCAGCAACAAAUGCGGCGGCAAGUGAAAAGGAAUAUUUAUUUGAAACCAAAAACAAAGAGGCUCUCUGCAAUCCAUACUCUGACAUUGAUGAUCCAUACCAGCGUCCGGCAUUGUGGGAAGAUAUUGCCAGCUCAAUACAAAAUAUUGAUCCAGAAAAUGCUUUAAUGUUAGGCUCAAAUUCAAGUAAUGCGCAGGUUUCGCUAGCAACUAAUCCAACUGCCAACACAUUAUUGCCGCAAGUCAAAAUGGAAGCAAUCGAUGAUACUUUGCUCGAAACACUCUCGACACCGUUGCUCAGUCCUAUGGAAAUUAAAACAGAGAAACCAACAUCACUACAUCAACAGCAUACACAUUUGCAGCAGCAACAACAUCAACAACAGACACAUCAUACUUAUCAGCAUUAUCAACUACAUCAGCAACAUUUAUACCAACAUCAUCCUAGUUUGGUUGGUAGUGGCGCCGGUAAUACCGGCAGUGGAGGUGGUGGUGGCAACAGCAGUAAUGAUGAAACCAUAACACUUUUGCAAUUACAUCAGCAACAGCAGCAGCAACAACAACAGCAGCAGCAUAUUGCUGGCACACUAAAUAGCAAUAGUAAUAGUCCUAUACAAUCGAUACGUUGCAAUAGUGCGGCUAGUAAUCAUAAUGCGGAAAACAACAGUGCCAGCAAUAACAUUGUCAAUGGUGAUAAUAGCAGUAACAUUUCCUAUCAACAAUAUGCAUCUCAACAACAUUUAAAUAGUAGCAAUAAUUAUCUUAAUGGCGGUAUAGCAAGCACAAGUGCAACAUUAACUACAUCAACGACAUUAACGAACUUAACAGUGACAAAUUCAAGCAAUAACAACAAUAACAACAACAGCAACACCAAUCCAAAUGCAACAACAAACAAUAGUGGCAGCAAUAAUAUUGGCGUCGGCUAUGGUUACAGUUGGCAUAGUAGUCAGUCAUUUCAUCCUAAAUACCAAAUACCACCGCCAUUACAAAACUCAAGCCAACAACAACAACAAAAUCCACAAUUAUGCCCACCUGCAGCACCGUCAAUGUCAACAAGACAUAUGUUCGUACCGCCACUAACGCCGCCUAGCUCAGAUCCCGGAAGUCCGGGUAGUUCUAUGGUUGCUGCUGCAGCAGCCGCUGCACAAGCAGCUGUUGUUGCAGUUGGCAAUCAACAGCAACAGCAACAACAUCAACAGCAACAACAACAAUCACAAAACCGUCGUACAACUCCGCCACCUCCUUAUGCACAACAACAACAACAGCAGCAGCAACAAUUGCAACAACAGGGUCAUCCACUUUCAACAAUUUGUCCCAAUAUCAUAACGUUACACCCCUCAAAUGCUGCUGCUAUGGUGCAUAACUCAGUGCACCAUUUAAGUCCGGGGCGUACACUGACCACACUAACCUCGAAUGGCGGAACGAGUAGUACAUCAGCGAUUGGCAGUAGUAAUGUAACUAAUAACACGGCGAGCAAUGUUGGCGCUAGCAGUAUUAGAGGCGGUAACGGUGGCGUCACACCAGCGCAUUUGGCUAAUAUAAUUGUACCAACGGUUCGCACUGUGCGUUAUAAUCGACGUAAUAAUCCGGAGCUGGAAAAGAGGCGAAUACAUCAUUGUGAUUUUGUGGGUUGUACAAAAGUUUAUACCAAAAGUUCACACCUCAAGGCACAUCAAAGAAUCCACACAGGCGAAAAACCCUACACAUGCCAAUGGCCGGAAUGUGAAUGGCGAUUUGCGCGUUCUGACGAACUGACAAGGCAUUAUCGGAAACACACCGGCGCCAAGCCUUUCAAAUGUGUCGUCUGCGAGCGUAGCUUUGCACGCAGCGAUCAUCUGGCACUGCACAUGAAACGUCACCUACCUAAGAAUAAGUAAAGAUACGCACAUCGGAUUCAACUAAAAUUUUCCAAAUCAAUUGCUGAGCCACAAAUUUCAAACUAUUAGCGAAUAAGUUUAUUAUUACGAAGAAAAUUGCAUUAAAAGUAGUUAAAAUUAUUAACAAAUAAUGAGCAAAUGCAUAGUUUUAACGUAAGUAGUGAAAACUCAUCUUAACACAAACAAUCCAAAGGACUUUAGUUAUUUAGU